AUGGACGCAGAGAACCCCGUGACUCUGCGCUGCCUGGGCUGCGGAGCAGGGAAGACAGCGAUCUAUGAUGAUGAAGCCAGCAGCAGUUGGGCACUCACCAUGAACGGGAAAGCCUUCUUUUUGGCCGACCUGGGCAUUGGGGUUUGCAGGUCAGCCAUGCAGCACCUAGGAGAGAUCCCUUGCACCAUCUUCAUCAGUCACAAUCACAGCGACCAUGCUGGUGAGCUGCCUGUGGUUCUCGCUGUCGAAGGAGUUCAGCGGAAGCGGCGCAUGCAAGUGCUGGCGGCACCGGAGGUGCUCAGCAGGCUUCAAACAUAUCGGAUGCACGAGCUCGAGAGCUCCGGCUUGCAUCUGGACCAGUUGGCGACCUGGACUCCAACACCAGAGGAGGAGACUCUGCAAGUGGACACCCAGGUGGGCCUCCUGAAGUUGACCUCCUUUCGCUCACGGCACAGCGAAACCUGCUUCGGUGCACGCCUGGAGAUAGGCGAACUCUGCAUUGGUUGGACGGCUGAUAGCGGCUACGCGCCGCGGCUGAUGGAUGCGCUGAGUGUUAAGUGCCAAUUGCUCAUUGUUGAUGCACGGAAGGAUGGUAGCGCGGAACAUGCCAGCUUCCAGGACAUUGUGGAGUACGUCUCCUCGCGGCCGCAGAUGGACUUUCUCGGUGUUCGGCCUGAAGAAAGCCUUUGCCAUGUCGUGGUGAUCGGCUAUGGCGCACAAAGCGAGGCCCCCACACCGGAGGAUCUGCCCAGCAGCGCGGUGCUGCGGCCUGGUGAUGAGAUGCUUGGAGAUGUCAGACGUGUGACAUGUGCCUGA